AUGGCUCGUACCAAGCAGACGGCUCGCAAGUCCACCGGCGGCAAGGCCCCGCGCAAACAACUGGCCACCAAGGCUGCUCGCAAGAGCGCCCCGGCCACCGGCGGCGUGAAGAAGCCCCACCGCUACCGGCCCGGCACCGUGGCGCUGCGCGAGAUCCGGCGCUACCAGAAAUCCACCGAGCUGCUGAUCCGCAAGCUGCCGUUCCAGCGGCUGGUGCGCGAAAUCGCACAGGACUUCAAGACCGACCUGCGCUUCCAGAGCUCUCGGCUGGUGCGCGAAAUCGCACAGGACUUUAAGACCGACCUGCGCUUCCAGAGCUCUGCCGUCAUGGCUCUGCAGGAGGCCAGCGAGGCCUACCUGGUUGGUCUGUUUGAGGACACCAACCUAUGCGCUAUCCACGCCAAGCGAGUCACCAUCAUGCCCAAGGACAUCCAGCUUGCCCGCCGCAUUCGUGGAGAGAGAGCAUAAUUUAUGU